AUGUGCUUGUCUUUCGGCGGCUGUAACAUCCUUUCGGUGCCUAUCUGUUAUACUACCCGAAGGGAGCACGAGGGCAGGGAUACUGCCAGGUUGCCCAAGCGUAGACAGGGGAAGUUGAGAGGCAGAGGUCAGGUUGGAACCACAGACAUUUCGGUCAGAAGCACAAGGGCUGAGAUAAUACCAGGUUGCUCAAGUCUAAACAGCAGUAGAGAUGCACCAGUUGGGUUCGAAACACGGAUCGCCCGGUCG